CUUGGCCGGGUGGCGGCGGCGGCGCGAGCACGUUGCGCGCGCGGCCCCGCGCGCGGGAUCACCGGACGCCGUUUCCCGGCCGCGGCGCGAGGGCACCGCGCGCGCUCCCACCCCUCCUGCCCCCGGCCUCGCCGCACCCCCCUCACAGCUCCCGGUCUGGAAGACUCCCACUACUCCUUCUUGUAAUUGGUGUAUGUGUUUAACCCUAAAUUGUGCAUUAUGGCCGACAAAUUAACAAGAAUUGCUAUAGUCAACCAUGACAAAUGUAAGCCAAAGAAAUGUCGUCAGGAAUGCAAGAAGAGUUGUCCUGUGGUUCGAAUGGGAAAACUUUGCAUAGAAGUUACAUCACAGAACAAAAUAGCAUGGAUUUCAGAAACACUUUGUAUUGGUUGUGGUAUUUGCAUCAAGAAAUGUCCUUUUGGAGCCUUGUCAAUUGUUAACUUACCUAGCAACCUGGAGAAAGAAACAACACAUAGAUACUGUGCCAAUGCCUUCAAACUUCACAGGUUGCCUAUCCCUCGUCCAGGUGAAGUACUGGGUUUGGUUGGAACCAAUGGUAUUGGAAAAUCAACUGCCUUGAAAAUUUUAGCAGGAAAACAGAAGCCAAAUCUUGGAAAAUAUGAUGAUCCACCUGACUGGCAAGAAAUUUUGACUUACUUCCGAGGAUCUGAAUUACAGAAUUAUUUUACCAAGAUCCUGGAAGAUGACCUUAAAGCUAUAAUUAAACCUCAGUACGUGGACCAGAUACCUAAAGCUGCAAAGGGAACAGUGGGAUCAAUUCUGGACAGGAAGGAUGAAACUAAGACACAAACUGUUGUGUGUCAGCAGCUUGACUUAACACAUCUGAAAGAAAGAAAUGUUGAGGACCUUUCAGGAGGAGAACUUCAGAGAUUUGCUUGUGCAGUUGUUUGCAUUCAGAAGGCUGAUAUCUUCAUGUUUGAUGAACCUUCCAGCUACUUGGAUGUCAAGCAGCGCUUGAAGGCUGCCAUUACUAUCCGGUCCCUCAUAAACCCUGACAGGUACAUUAUUGUUGUAGAGCAUGAUCUAAGUGUAUUAGAUUAUCUCUCUGACUUUAUCUGCUGCCUGUAUGGUGUGCCAAGUGCUUAUGGUGUUGUUACCAUGCCUUUCAGCGUAAGAGAAGGCAUAAAUAUUUUCCUAGAUGGCUAUGUUCCAACAGAAAAUCUAAGGUUUCGAGAUGCAUCUCUCGUAUUUAAAGUAGCCGAGACAGCUAAUGAAGAAGAGGUUAAAAAGAUGUGCAUGUACAAAUAUCCAGGAAUGAAAAAAAAGAUGGGAGAGUUUGAACUAUCCAUAGUAGCUGGAGAAUUCACCGAUUCUGAAAUUAUGGUGAUGUUAGGGGAAAACGGAACUGGCAAAACAACAUUUAUCCGAAUGCUUGCAGGAAGACUUACACCUGAUGAAGGAGGUGAGGUCCCAGUCCUAAAUGUCAGCUACAAACCACAGAAAAUCAGCCCUAAAUCUACGGGAAGUGUGCGUCAGCUGCUGCACGAGAAGAUCAGAGAUGCCUAUACACACCCCCAGUUUGUAACUGACGUGAUGAAACCUCUUCAGAUAGAAAACAUCAUUGACCAGGAGGUUCAGACGCUGUCUGGUGGUGAGUUGCAGCGUGUGGCGUUAGCGCUUUGUCUGGGUAAACCUGCAGAUGUGUAUCUGAUUGAUGAGCCCUCAGCUUACCUGGACUCUGAACAGCGUCUGAUGGCUGCCAGAGUCAUUAAACGUUUCAUUCUCCAUGCUAAAAAAACAGCUUUUGUGGUAGAACAUGAUUUUAUCAUGGCUACAUAUCUUGCUGAUCGUGUGAUUGUUUUUGAUGGCAUUCCUUCCAAGAACACACUGGCAAACAGUCCACAGACUCUCUUGGCUGGAAUGAAUAAGUUUUUAUCUCAGCUUGAAAUCACUUUUAGAAGAGACCCCAACAAUUACAGACCAAGAAUAAAUAAACUCAAUUCCAUCAAGGAUGUGGAACAGAAGAAGAGUGGAAACUACUUCUUCCUGGAUGACUAAAUAUUGAAUCCCAGCAUCUUUUUAACUGGCAUCUAGACAUGCAUUGGAAUCUAAACAGCUGUGAUGAGAUGGCUCAGAUCAGGUUUUAGAACAAUUAAUCUUUUGGAGCUUAAAAUCUCUUGCUGCAUUUAACAUCUGAGAUAGUAGCAGUAAACAUCCUAGUCUGAGUAAAACUGCCACUUUCUAUAUUUUGGUGACACAGCCCUAUUUUCAGUGUAAUAAUUUCAAAAUAGACCACCUUGAAAUUGUGCAAAUGGGUCUCCUGAUUUUUCAAAAUUUAAGGAAGGUUUUCAAUUCAAUAUAUCCUACUCAUGUACCAAGUACUGACUGAACUUCCUCAUUUUAAAAUAAAUCUUUGGAGCUGUUUUCUGUAUAAGAGGGAAGUUUACUAAGAAUGUCAUGCUGCAAGAGUGACUCUUUUAAAAAGGUUGAAUCUCUCUGGCUGAGGGUUUCAAAAAUAAAAUACCCACAUAACUUGUGACACUGCAGAA